AUGAUCAGGUGGAGCUUCUCAGAUACUUCAGCACUUUUCCACCACCGCUGUUGGCCCUCGUCCUUCCCAAUUUCAUCUCCUCUGAACACGGCGCCACCAGGGCUGCUGCUACCAAUGCCAGAUAUGCCAAAGACACGUCUGGACUUCGGGGAUUACUCUGCGCGAGUCAAAAUUUCAGGCAGGGAGAUUGAACAUCACUCAAUUAAGGUGGACGAGGAGAAGAAACUGGUCAGCUGCUGGAUCGCUUCGGAGGAAGGCAAGGCCUUUGCCGUCGACAUCGAAAAGCUUCAAGCGAACUAUCCUUGCUCUUUCUAUCUUUUCGUCGAUGGAGAUUGUGUAACAGGAAGGGUACUCCGUGCCGAUUGGAUCAAAUCGUUUACGAUAUCUGGCACUGCAACUGGCUCAGAAACUGAGCAGCCUUUUUUAUUUUCUCGUUUGGAAUUGACAGAUGACGACUCGUUUCUGGCAAGCUCGCAAUCGGCGAGAGAUAUAGGCGAAAUAAAGGUUGAAGUGCAGCGUGUUUCGAAUGUUCAGAAAGCGAAGAAUAAGUCAUUCACCGGAGUUGUUCUUCCGGGAGAUCAGAAAGUCCAUGAACGCGUAAAGAAGGCAACGGAGCAUCGCGUUAAGUUAGGCCAAGAAGUGAGAACGGGAACUCGCCCUGUUAAUAAAUUCGAAAAGCACGAAAAAGUGGCCACGUUUAUCUUUCGCUAUUGUUCUUUGGGAAUGCUCCAAGCCAACGGGUUAGCUAAGCGAGAUCUGGCACCACUCGAGAAAUCCAAUUCUGCUCCUGAUAAGAGGCGAACGCGGAAGAGAAAGUGCACGAUCAAGGAGGAAAGCGAAAAUGAGCGGGAGGGUCCGGAAGAAGCUGAGGCAAGACGAGAGGAGACUGAACUCUUGGCGCAGUUGGAAAGUAUUCGAGCGCGGUUGAAAAAUAUUCGGAACGCCAGGGACGCCAGAAAUAAAGCAAAACCGCCCGGAAAGAAAAUCAAACAGGAACCUAAGCCGGUCUUUUUACGCGGGGAAGGGAUUGGCCCCUCCUGA